CCUGCCUCGCUCCCUCUCUCCUCGGCCGCCGGGUGCUGAAGUUGGGCGGAUGGCAGCGAACCCGCUGGGCUAGAGGAACCCAGAGCCGCCCCGCCUCGCGCCCCCCCGGACCCCGCGCGCCGCCGCCCGCGCCUCCCGCCCCCACCCCUCCCCGCCAUUUGGGAACUGAAGCAGCUGCCAUGCGAAAAAGGCAGCAGUCACAGAAUGAAGAAACACCUGCCGUGUCGCAAGCACCCGGAAACCAGAGGCCCAACAACACGUGUUGCUUUUGUUGGUGCUGUUGUUGCAGCUGCUCCUGCCUCACUGUUAGGAACGAAGAAAGAGGGGAAAAUGCAGGAAGACCUGCGCAUACCACAAAGAUGGAGAGUAUCCAGGUCCUAGAGGAAUGCCAGAACCCCACUUCAGAUGAAGUCUUAUCCUGGUCUCAAAACUUUGAUAAGAUGAUGAAGGCCCCAGCAGGAAGAAAUCUCUUCCGCGAGUUCCUCCGCACGGAGUACAGUGAAGAGAACUUACUUUUCUGGCUUGCUUGUGAAGACUUAAAGAAAGAACAGAACAAGAAGGUUAUUGAGGAAAAAGCCAGAAUGAUCUAUGAAGAUUACAUCUCUAUCCUGUCUCCAAAAGAGGUCAGUCUCGAUUCCCGGGUUAGAGAGGUGAUCAACCGAAAUCUGCUGGACCCGAAUCCACACAUGUAUGAAGAUGCCCAACUUCAGAUCUAUACCUUAAUGCACAGAGAUUCUUUCCCAAGGUUCUUGAACUCUCAAAUUUACAAGUCAUUUGUUGAAAGUACUGCCAGCUCUACUUCUGAAUCUUAAUUUUCGUUAAGAGAAGUCAUUUCAAAGGACUGGGAUGGGAAAUCAAAGUUUAGCUGAGUAGCAUCAAAAACUUGAGUUCCUGGAGAACUACGGUUUAGCAUUCCUCCUCAGGCUACUGUGAAAAUCCAACCCCAUGGUCAUUGUCUCCAUUUCUAUCAAGGCUAUCCAUGGUUAAAUUUGGAGAAAAUACCACAUGACAGUGAAUUGCCAAAUGAAGUUUGUUUUACUCAACAUUCAUUCUACUUGCAAGCAAACUGUAUUUGUAGUUCUAUGAACAGUCUCCUAGUAUUACUUCAAGAGACUGCAUGUGCAAAGUUCAACUGCUUCUUUUGCCACGUAGUUGUUGUAAUAUUUACUCCAAUGGUAUAUCUUAUAUCUGUAUUUAAGGACUUUCGUGCGAUAUGGUCUUAUAGAAAUAAUUGCCAAAAAUGGCUGUUGUUUGCAUUUUUAAAAAAUAUAACCUAAAAAGCCAACUUUUAAUUUAUAAUCAUGGUAUUCAACAUGCUCUCUACUGCGUUCGUUACACUAAUUUUGAAGCCAAUAUUUAUGUACAUGGGAAAAAAAAGAGCUAUUUAUCUGUUUGUUUCCACUGUUUGUUGGAAAAUCCAAUGGGGAAUUCCUCUGGUUGUUCACUGCCAAAACUGUGGCAUUUUCGUUACAGAAGAGUUUGCUACGUUAAAACAAAAUAAGAAGAAAAAAAGCACAAAACCAUUUGAAGAUAAACUAUCUCAAUGACAAAUCAAAGAAUGAUAUUGUUUUUAAUUGUAACAGAAGCAAAUGAAUCUAUGUAUAUAUCAGAUGUCUUAUACUGCAAUUAAUUUAUUAAAGACUGGCUCUCCAGUUUUGAAAUGGUUGUGUAAAGUAUCUACUUCAGCAAGGACAAAAACAACUUAGUUUGGGAAUAUAAACAAAGGACUUAAUAUAGGAAUGCCUACAUGUAGCAUUAUAAAAAUAUUUUGAUGACUGGCAUCUGUGCCAUGGCAUAUUUUUCUUGAAGGUGAAAUCCAGUGAAAAGUUAAGUGUUGAACAAAAUAAGAUUUAUAAGGCUUAAGAAGAUAAUUCGCUACUUUGAAUAUUGACUGUUUUCACAUAGUAUCUAAUGAAUGACUUAUUUUUAAAACCUCAAAAACCAAAAUCUUAAUUCUCAUCCAUAAUUUAAAGGCAGUACAGUGCUCAAAUCUUCCAACUGCCAUUUUACUUUUCCUAAGUACCACUCAAACUUUAAGACACAAUAUUUGUCUGGCAUUGGCAGGUUCCUUUUGAUUCAAUGAAACAAAACCCUAGAGUGUGCACACACAAUUGUCGGUGUCAUAUUUCUAUCAAGGUGUUACAUUUGAAUAUUAAUAUCCCUUUGAGGCUAUUUUUUUAAUCUUAAAUAUUGAAUAAUCUAAAAUGAAAAAACUAAAAAUAUUUAUAUCCACUGAGAAUACUGGCCUUAUAUUAAGGAUGAUAUUAAAAUUAUUUGUUUUGUCAUUUUUAACUACCUCUCAUUUUUUUAAUUUAUUAAACAUUUUUAACAAAAACAAGUUUGGGAUUUUCUUUUGAAAUUUUGUUUUCCUUAAAAGGUUGGCAUCGUAUGGUUUUUAUUUUCCAUAAACUCAAAACAUUUCAAGAAUUGUUUUUUAAGUGAAUUUGAUUUUCUAACUUGUAUAGAAUUCAGGAGAUACGACUUUAAGGGCUAUUAUCUAUUCCCUAUGCAAAUAUUUUAACUGUUUUAGUGUUUGACAAAAUGGGAUUUUAAAAAAGUCUGCAGAGUAGAAAACAAAAUGUUCUGUUUACACUGGCGUUGCUGACUAUCAUACUCAGCACUUUUAAAUACAUUAUUUAUGAAAAUGUAGUGAAAAUACAAGAUAGAAAAUAUUUAUAAUAAUAAUUACUUUUCAUAAAUGCCUGUUUUUGUCUGAAAGUGUUAGUAUGUUAAGUUAUGCUUUACCCACGUCAAUUAGAUAUUUACUAUUUGAAUCAUAAUUUUUAGUAAUAUGUUGAAAACAAGAUAGCUAUGAAGAUGUUUACAAAGGUCAUAUUUUUUUCCUAGAGUGAAAAAAAAAACCUAGAAGAAUCAUCACUUCUAUUGUGAAGUUCCAUUCCUGAAUAUUUACUUUAUAAUCGAAUUUAUUAUGCUUCUAUGAUAUAUACACAUAUAUGUUGUGAUAUCAUACUUGUUGCUGUGUUGGAGGCACAAUAAGUUGGUGCACAAUGACUAGAAAUAAGUAAUCUACCAGGAUUCAGAGCAUGCAUCAGUCUUUUAAAAAUGUUGACUUUAUAUUCUUGUUGUUACUAUAUACAAUGGUGACCUGCUAGCUUGUAAGUUAUCUUUAUAAGAUACUGUGAACUAAUAGAUAAAUUGUCUGUUUGACAAUAUCUUUAUACUUUACCAAAUGUAAAAAAGGCCUGUGUAAAGGAGUUCUAAUCUCUAAUGGGCAUUUAUAGAAUACGGAUUUUGAAGUUAGUAUAUCCUUCUGAAACUUGAUUAGGUUAUAUUGAGAACGAUGAUAGAGCAGAUUUACACAUCAGAAGUUGGGAACGAGUUAUGUGAGCACUUGAGUGUGAGAUUCUUACUUUGAGGCAAGGCAAGGGUUUCAAGUUUCUAAGAGUAUGUCUGCAUAUUUGCAACUCUGUGUUUUAAAGUUAUGGUAUAAUUCUUUGUUUAAAAUUGUAGAGCUACAUUGACAAAACAAAACAAAAAAAGCUCUCCACUGGUGUCUAAGCUAUCAUUCCAAGAGCACAAUACUUGUUUUGAUAGAAUUUGAUUUUUCCUAGUGAGUGAAUUCCUCCCUAGGGAAAAAAAUUAGCACUUUAGAAGGAACACUUUGUGUUUUAGAAUGCCAAGCAAACUUUGUAUACUGUUAGAAUCAAAUAAUGCACACAGAAAGAGAUUAAUGCUCUUUCUGUUGUGCCUAACCUCAAAUGUGUCUAUACUGGAAAAAAAUUAAGUGUGUAGAUUAUGUAUAAACUAAUAAGCAUCUAUAAAUAAUUUGGAGAGCCAGCCUUUCUUUAGAGAUGAGUGUUGUACAUAGAGCAUAUGAAUAAUGGCUUGAUGAUACUUAUUCACUCUGAAUAAUAAAUUGUAAUUAUGGUACCCAAAGGGAAUAUAGAUACCCUGAGUGUGAAAGUGUAGCUCUAAGCACAGGUGCCCUGGCAUAAGAUUAAUAAUGGCAAAACACGAUUUUGAUAUUAAUGUUAUGAAGUACAAAAAUCAAGACAAUAAUGUGGCCUUUUAAAAAUAAAUCUUAAAAUAUGUAUAUAGGAUGACCAGUUCUGUUUUUUGGUCAUGGUGCAUAGGAUAUUUAUUAGAAUCCUUUAAUGCUGCUUGGAUUCUUACAGAAAGAAGUGUGUAUCAUAUGCUUACCUGAUAGUUUAGCUUUG